AGAUCUGUAGAUGUGUAACGUAUCAUCAACGAUUGGAUUGAAAACGUUGGCGAUUUUUGCGACGGUGUGCGUGAAUCCGAUUUUUCCGAGCCGAGCUCAGCUCAACGACUAGGUGUUGCUCUAGCUUCUGUUAGUUUUAGUUCACUCGCAGCAUCGGUUCGACGACGUCUGCUGACCGUUUUCUUUUAUUUUUCUGAAUUUGUAAAGUUUUAAAAAACCCCUUUCACCAUGUCUGAUGAAGAAGAAUACUCAUCCGAAGAGGAGGUCGUCGAGGAAGUUCACGAAACGACUGUGACAAAAACCGAAGACUCGGGAGAUCCAGAGUUCGUCAAGCGUCAAGACCAAAAACGUUGCGAUCUCGAUGAUCAGUUGAAGGAUUACAUUUCCGAAUGGCGUAAACAACGUGCCAAGGAAGAAGAUGAGUUGAAAAAGCUCAAGGAGAAGCAAGCCAAACGUAAGGUCACCCGUGCCGAAGAAGAACAACGUAUGGCUCAACGCAAGAAGGAAGAAGAAGAGCGUCGCGUUCGUGAAAUCGAAGAGAAGAAACAACGCGAUAUAGAAGAAAAGCGUCAACGUUUGGAAGAAGCCGAAAAGAAACGCCAGGCUAUGCUCCAAGCCAUGAAAGACAAGGACAAGAAGGGGCCAAAUUUCACCAUCCAAAAGAAAGAGGGCGCACUCGGUUUGUCGGGCAGUGCCAUCGAGCGCAACAAGACCAAAGAACAAUUGGAAGAAGAAAAGAAAAUCUCAUUGUCGUUCCGUAUCAAGCCAUUGGAAGUCGAAGGUUUGGGUGAGGAUGUACUUCGCAAGAAGGCCACCGAAUUGUGGGAAUUGAUCGUUAAAUUGGAAACGGAAAAAUACGAUUUGGAAGAACGGCAAAAGCGUCAGGACUACGACUUGAAGGAAUUGAAAGAAAGACAAAAGCAACAACUCCGGCACAAGGCUUUGAAGAAGGGUCUAGAUCCAGAAGCUUUGACAGGCAAAUACCCAGUACGUGGACCCCUAAAUCCAAAGAUCCAAGUCGCCUCCAAAUAUGAACGACGUGUCGACACCCGCUCAUACGACGACAAGAAGAAACUCUUCGAAGGUGGAUACACAACGAUCUGCUGUGAAUUGGCUAAUAAACGGUGGCAAGAAAAGAAUGAAUUUUUCAUGAAACGUACAAAAACCCGUCUUCCAAAAUGGUUCGGUGAACGACCAGGCAAGAAAACCGGCGAUCCAGAAACACCAGAAGGUGAAGAAGAUGCCAAGGCCGAAGAUGCUGAAGUCGAUGAUGAAGCCGAGGAAGUCGAAGAAGUAGAGGAAGUUGAAGGUGAACAAGAUGAAGAGGAAGAAGAGGAAGAAGACGAAGAAGAAGAAGAAGAGGAAGAAGAAGAGGAAGAAGAAGAAGAAGAGGAAGAGGAAGAAGAAGAAGAAGAGGAAGAAUAAACACCAUAAUCACAAAUGUAUAGCAUUUUGCCAAACUCUUUUUACAUCAUUCAAAAUCAAAGAAAAUAAACAAUGGAAAUCUAACCAAAUCAUGAACUCUGUUUUUCGUUUCUCGUUCUAUUCUUUCUCUUUUCCCGAUAUUCAUACGUACAUGUCGUCAAUUAUUUCCAUGGCCUACCACAGAAUUCCUUUUUACACAAGAAUAAUUCAAACCGUGUCAUCAUCCUUCAACAAACUCUGCCUAAAUAUAGACUCAGACAACCGAGAUUCAAGAAAAAUCAAUCAUUGAUGAUGUAAAUAAACACUUGUAUGAACGAAAAUCAAAAUGUCAAGCAAAAGUUUAACUCUGUGUUUGUUUCCAAAAUAAAAAAGCAAGCUUAAAUUUAUUUCA